AUGCCAGUAAAAGAAAAAUACUAUGUCCAUUCAGCUCAUAUUUAUAAUCGUACAUCGCACUUCAUCAACCUCAAAAUCUUCUACUGUGGUGAAAAUCAACAUCAUGAACACGCAAUAAUAUGUAUGAAUAAGUUAGAGCCCAAUGGUGGUCACUUCUUUGCUGAAACACAUGCCUAUGCCAAUGCACAUCUCAUCGUAGAUAAGCAUAUCUAUAAAAUCCAAGCUGAUAUUAACGAUGGAAAUACUCUAGAACUGAAAUGGCCGUAUCAAGGUUUAGUAGAAAAACACGAAAAGGAAUGGCAAUUCGAUAUUGAAGAAGGUGGCAUAAAAUCCAUCAAUCCAAGGUUGUAA